UAUAAAUACAAGAACAGGCAACAAUAACAUGCAGUCGACGCCGAUACUCGUGCCAAAAUGAAUGCGCCCCUUGCACUCCUGCUGUGUUGUGUUGUUGGCAGUGCCGUAGGGUACUAUGCGCAACCAAAUGCGCCCUACAACAUCGGACCCAACGAUCCGUUCGCGGUUGAAGUCAACCCUAACUUCCUCGCGCAACCUUCCGCACGGCUGUUCUGGGGCAGCGGGCAAGGCAGCAACCAGGUCGGCGGCACCGGCUUCUGGAACCAUCUCACCAACAAGUUCCCGUUCCUAGGAAACAUGUUCGGGCGAAUGGAGCUGCCCACGCAGUAUGGUCCUCCUCAAUUCAAUAGCUACGACUAUCAGCAGUACAGCGCGCCGGGCUACCAGUCCUACAACUUGUACCAUCAAGCGCAGCCGCAAUUCAAUCAGGCACAACCUCAAUUCAACCAAGUACCGCCACAGUACCCGGUCCAGCAGUUCUCCCAGCAGUACCCUCGAAACUUCGCCGGUCGCGACGUGGCUAUAACUGAUGACGCUGUGAUCGUGACACCCCCGCACGUGCCGAUAGCGCCGCCUGCGCCGGCGCCGGCCCCGGCGGAGCCCGCUGAUGGCGGUUACCAAUAUAAAAAGCCUCAGUACAGGCUCGAGUUACCCCAUAAGUAAACUUCAUAUUGCCAAAACUUAGAAAACUAUUGAUGAGACUUAAUUUAAUAUUAUGGUUUACCUUCGAACGCCGUUGAUAUCAGAUUUGCCGAUGUACUAUUUGUAAUUUCAGGCGUAAAAUCGCAACUUAAAUUAUACGGGUAUUAAUUUAGUCCAUUUGGAAGAGGCUCUCUUCAGCACACUGCGACUGUUUUUACUCUGACAAGACAUGACACUUCAUAAUACUUAUGAAAUACAAAUUCUGAGAAUAACAAGUUGAUGAUACACUAAGUAGGUAAUAAGAUGUCGAUAAUUCUAGAUCAAUAAAAGAAUAAAUAAGUAAUGAAACAUUAAA